AUGGCUUCGAACUCAUCACCAGACGCAAACGGUCGCCCAUUAUAUCGUACUGUGGCACGCGGUCGAAACCUACCCAUAUCACCGAUAAGACCGGCGAACUACGUUGAACCACCCAUCUAUACUGCAGUUUAUGCUAAUUAUAUUCCUCAACAACCAGAGGUCCAACAAACUCAUCAGCAACAACCAGGGCUCCAACAAACUCAUCAACAACAGCCUGAUGAACAACAGUCACAUCAAGCGACAACCAAUGAAUUACUUAAGGAAUUAAUUAAAGAUCAACAGUCACAUCAAGCGACAACCAAUGAAUUACUUAAGGAAUUAAUUAAAGGACAACAGUCACAUCAAGCGACAACGAAUGACUUACUUAAGGAAUUAAUUGAAUUAAAUAAAACUCAAGCCAAUAAUUUUCAAAAAGUUCAUUUGUCACUUGAAGGUCUGCACGCAAAGAUGUUGCGGAUGUUAAAGAAUCAGAACAUUCUGUUAUACAACUUGGUCAAGAAUUUUCCUGAAGGAUACAAUAAUGAAGAUGACGACGAUGUUUGA